AUGUAUCAAUCCUCUGUCCCAGGUGGCGCGCAGAGUAUACCUAUGGAGAAACGCGCCUCUGUAUCUUCAUCGGCUGGUUUUCCCGGCCAUGAGCCAGCAGACUAUUUAGCUUUCGGGCUUUCGAGUCCGAGACAAUGGUUGCGUUCUGCCAACCGUCAAAUCCAUUCAAGCGCUAUAGCCGGCGACCUACAGUCAGACUUCAAUCAAAAGACUACUCAACGUAUCGAAACAGCCUCCCGGGUCACUGUCGACCUCGACAAGCUCGUGUAUCUACUCGCAGAUAAAGCCAUGUGCCUUGGUCCUGUGCCCGGAAUCCGGAAUGCUGACGCGGAUGCCUCGAUUCGGGGAUCUUUCACUCUAUGUUAG